AUGCCGUCGUGUGUGAUGAGGUUCUGUACAAACUACACAAACAAAGUGUCCAAAAGUCAAGGAAUUACAUUUCAUUCAUUUCCAUUAAAUGAGCUAAGGCGCAUUCGGUGGGUGGAUAUUGUGCGUCAGCAAAGAAAAGAAGAAAGCUGGCAGCCAAAUAGUUCAAGUAAAAUAUGUUCAAACCACUUUAAGGAUGAGGAUAAAUAUACUUCUUGCAAUGGAUUUAUCUUAUUGAAAAAGUCAGCUUUUCCUGUUCUGGAGGCAACUGAAGAUUCGCAAUCUACUCCCGCUAGUCCAAGCAGUCUUGCUGAUGAAAAUGUGUCUGAUUUGGAGUCUAUUUUGGAUACCCCUCAUACAGCAGCUCUUAAAAAUUGUGUUAGGAAACUUACUCUUGAAAAACAAAAGCUCAUAAAUAAAAAUAGAAAUUUAAAAAAACAAAACAGAAGAUUGCAGAAAAAAAUCGCUAACUUGAGUGCUAUUUUAAAUCAAGUCAAAGAAAAAAGAAUACUCUGA